UUCUUCUCUUUCCCUUCCAACGCCUUUUAUUAACGGCCAAUUUCUGAGCCCAAGAUUUCUCCAUUUUCCCAGUUUAUUGCCUUUGAAAUACUAUCAAGAUUUUAGUUUGAUUGGCGGAGAGAGAGGCAAACAAGGCCGUGAUAUGGUAAUUGGAUGGGAGCACAGAAAAGCAUUCACGCCGGCAAUGCCAAGGUAGAGUUCAAUGUUGAUUUCACACACAAACUAUGUGCUGCUUUGAUGCUUCCUUCUCUCAGAAAUGCGGGUGGAUGGAGUCCACUUUCACUCGUUAUUGGGAGCCUUUGCAUAAAGCAUCCUAAUCUAUUUGGGAAGAGUGAGAAGCUUGAUGUAUUGUGGGAUAAAGGACUCUGUGAUUCCAAUAUAUUGGUUACUUACCGGAAGCCGAGACCGGAGUGGCUUUCGCAGCAUGCCUUCAUUAUUCAGCACUCCAUUUCCCCCGAGAUAGGAAUUCAUGGCAUCCCCGUCGAAAACCUUUCUCGUUCAGCAAGUGGAGGUGUCAAUCUUAGUCGUUUAUCCGCUGGUGUAGACCUAAGUGAGCCUGCAAGCUCCAAUUGGAGCAGUAAAACCAGUAUCAAGUUUGAGCAUGUUCGUCCUGUUAAUGAUGAUGGCCGGUCUAUUAGCAGAGAUCUUCAUGGUUUUCCAGUGACUUGCAGUGGCGAUUAUCAUGAUAGUAUGGUAGUGCUCAAACAGGAAUCUCGCUUUGCCAAAGCAACUGAUCACAGCUUUACUCGAUUUAGCGUGCAAAUUGAACAAGGGAUUCCAAUUCUUUCCAAGUGGCUAAUCUUUAACCGAUUCAAGUUUGCUGCUUCAAGGGGUAUACGGCUUGGGCCUGCAUUUUUCUUGACAAGCCUCACAGGCGGCUCGAUCGUAGGAGACAUAGCUCCUUAUCAAGCCUUUUCCAUAGGAGGACAAGGUAGUGUAAGGGGCUAUGGUGAUGGGGCUGUUGGAUCUGGCAGAUCAUGCCUAGUUGCUAACAGUGAAUUGACACUACCACUGAGCUCAAUGCUUGAAGGUGCUGUUUUCUUAGACUGUGGAUCUGAUUUGGGCUCUGGCCAUCAUGUCCCUGGAAACCCAUCUCUCAGGCAUGGUAAACCAGGCAGCGGUGUUGGUCUGGGAUACGGGCUUCGAUUAAAAUCUCACUUAGGACACUUGCAGGUCGACCUUGCUAUGAAUUCUUUUAAACAGAAAACUGUGUAUUUUGGGUUCAGUAACGUUUCGUGAUGAAUUCUUAAGCCACAUAUUGGGUGCAGAAGAUUAAUAUUCAAAUACUAGCAGAUAGAUAUUUUUUUCUA